AUGUCAGAAAAUCAAAACGACGAACCUUCAUAUGCUGAUGCCGCUUAUUACGAGACGAUUGAGGGUACUAUGAACGACCACGAAACGGAGUAUCAAACGGGUGAUGCUGUCCAGCAGUCACCCCUUCGCGAACAAGUUUGUUUUUCGUAUGUUUCUCCAGCCUUCGUUAGGAUCGUUUUCUUCCGAUCGCCAACGUCUCAAAAAUAAUGAAGCGUGCAAUACCUCCCAACGGCAAGGCAAGUCAUAGUCUAUAGUAGUCAAUUUUUAGGUCGCAAAAGAUGCCAAAGAGUGUGUUCAAGAAUGCGUCUCCGAAUUUAUAAGUUUCAUCACUAGCGAGUAUUUUAAUUCAUCUCCCGAUGCCUAUUUAAUGCCGCCUUUUUAGAGCCGCUGAACGCUGCCAAAACGAAAAGCGAAAGACCAUAAACGGUGAGGACAUACUGUGUGCCAUGGGUUCGCUUGGUUUCGAAAAUUAUGUUGAGCCGCUCAAGACGUUUCUGCUUAAACUCCGGGAUGUGAGUACUACUGUUGAAAAUGUAUAUUUUUGUAUUGUUUUGUAUUUCUAAUCAAUUCGUCUACCCUUGCAUAUUGAAUUGCGUCACUGUAUGUCUCUCAAAAUUAAUGUUUAUCUGCCGCCGUCAGCCUGCCUACUUAAGUUAUGAUUAUUUUAACCAACGUCAUUUCUGAGGAAAUUUUGCGUAUACGAACACUUUGGCUGUUUUCGCUAGCUUAACGGAGUUCGCUUAAGGAGUUCACCACUUGUCAUAAACCGCGAUCCGCUCACUUUCAGAUACACUGAAUUCCAUUUUAUCCGGAACUAUUCUGUUAAAAUGUUACCACCUUGCAGGCGCUCUUUGGUCGUUUCAGGCUAUUGUCGGAUACACAUUCUCUAAGCCUUAUAUACAAAACGCCAAUGCUUUGUGUCAGAGGUCAGAAUUCUUACUGCACGGUUGCGAACUUUCCGAGUUUUUCACUUUCGGCUAUGAAGAAAGACAACGGGCGAAUUUUUGUAACCCAGGACCACGUUGUCAUCUGCUUUCCUCAGCUUACUUCUCCACAUGGGACCUAGAUUCAAGACCUACGUCUAAGUACAUUCGUACGUUCCAGUAGUUAAGGCGGUAGCAUGCCAAACCUCUCCAGGACUGGUUUGUCGGUGUCACGUGAGGCUUGUGUUCACCGAUCUGUCCUGAUUGUGUAGGACGGAGCAGGAGGCGAUUCCGUUUGCCCUGGAGCACAAGGUUUAAGACUCACGCUUAGCGACUGACAGUAAACCAUCAAUAAACGUUGCCGACAAAGAUUGGGGCGCUGAGAUGUCCAUUUCUGGCAUAUUUGUCGUCAACAGCGGGUAAUUUCUCAAACCCAAGUGUUGCUUAAUGGCGGCAAAUUUGCCAGACACUUCUACCUAUCCUUUUCGAUGGAUAUUGGAUGAUUUGAUAGUCUUUCUUUUUAUGCACACAUAAUUUUUUCAUUUUUUAAGGCAAGUAAAAUCGACUCCAGCAUGCUGAAUGAUCCAGCCCUUGCAACAGCCAUGUGCGGACCUCAUGCCAGCGCUGUCAUAGUCACCCCCGGCAUGCUUAAUGCAUCAACCGCACUUACGCGGACUACACAGCUGACAGUAUCGGGUGCGACUAAUCUUGGGACUAUCGAGGUGGGCGAAGUAAAGCCUCUGACAGAGGAGGAGCUGAAACCUGUCCCCACCACUCUGACAAUGAACACCUCCUCUGCAGUUGGUGCCGCAACAGGGACACCAACCACAAUCCUCGUUCCCUACUCUGGUCAGGUACCGUCAUCACCUCUUAGAAUUCGAAACUAUUCACUGAAACGACACCGCUCCUUUACAUGCAUUUCGAGCAGUUUGGUCUACAUGGCAGGUUUCGGAGCAUUAUAAGGCAGCCGGGGUUCGCCACUAAUUGUUGUGCAGCUUUCCUUUUGCGCCCAUAAUUGCCAGAAUAUGAUGAUUAGUGGUAGUGGUUCAGCUUGAGUGUCGAUACUUACGUCAACACAUGAGAAACGCAUCUGCAAAUAUGCUUGGGUCACUUCCUCUCUAGAACUUACUGUUUUCGGGCUGUUGUUGGUCGUAAUUAUAGCUGGGAUGUUCCUGUUGUUCUGCUUCUUACUCGUUCGGUUUAGGUAAUCAUGUAAGCCGUGGUAAACACAUGUAAGAAGUUAACAUACCAGUUGAUCAUGUCUGCGUCCGAUAACCGGGCCUACAGGGUGAUCCUUCCAAUUUGCUUAACGUUUAGCCCGAGAAUUACCCACCGCCAAAGUCAAAUAUGUGCUCCUCCCCAGUAGACUUAUCAUUCUAAGUCUAUGUCCUGACCCUAGUAAAUUUUUAUGCAAACAUGUGUGCAGCCUCCAUCUCGUUCUCCCGACGUACUUGCGGUCACUGUGCCACAGCCAAUUCUAUAAACGGCACAACGUUCUUUCGAUGGGGCUGAGGAGCUUGAGCUUAACCUGCACUUCAACAUAGUGUAGCCUGGAGAUUUGUGGAUUCCCCUAAUACCGUGAUUUUCAAGUAAUCAGGAGACAGUUUUGUGACCACCUGUAGACCCCAGGCGUGCCCCUUUCGUUCUGGAGCCUUGAUUCUGUGACUGUAACUGCUUAACUACGCGUUUUGUCCAACCACCUCACUGGGUUUUAGGCCGUCGUGCCUCCACACGUCUAGACAAUAUGCAGAUGUGAUUACCAUUGGGCGAAAGGGGUUGGUACUUUUGACCAUUCGUCGUUUAGCGCGUAUUUGUGGGUUCUCUUGAGCGGCACCACCCCAUGGCGCCUAGGAGGAGCUUUCUGUCUUCCCCCUUCGCCGUUGUGAUCUACGUGUUGCCACCAAACGUUCUGGCGUGUCUUAUGAAGGUGUAAAAACCGAGGUGAUUUAAAGUCGUCGAGCUCGAAACUUUCAUGGAACAGUGGCAGCCACUUUUGUAGGCUCGUGAACUAAGCUAAAGUGGUCUCCAACCGGUGAGUACUGCAUUUGCCGAUGGGGUGGUGUCCCAGUGGCUUAUGUUGUGGUUGCAGGGGGAGGGGGGAGCGGAAGGUGCGUUCAGGUAGCCUGAUGGGCAGCUGCGACUGUGGACGCAGGUAUGUCCGAGCUGAAGUCGGUCGGGUGACUUCAGGCCGUUACGUCUGGAACGGCUUACUGCAACUGGAAAAUGACCUUGAGGCAUUGAGACCCUGGACGAUGACGCCAGAUUGGCCGUGAUAGCCGCCCACAACGGCCCACGGCGCCCUCAGCCUCGCCCUCAUAAGAUUUGUCGAGGACAACAUUACAGACAUUUUUCGUCACUAGAAUGACGAGCACUGUCAUCUGGGAGUCUACCGAGGACUUACGGCUCUUGUUGAUUGGGUAUAUGACAGCCAACGAACUAAUGCUCAUCCCUACUUAUCGCGCAUGCGCAACUGCUGAUUCAGCCGCUUCCGGGCCUCAAUUUCACUCCCCCCACAAAUGGUCGCCUUCGAUCGCAGUCAGUCGACGACAGAAGCCCGAGCAAGAUUGUGUACGUCAGCAUUCCAUCUUUGUAGCCACUCGAGGUCAGUUUUCACUUUAGCCAUCCAUGUGUUCAGUUGCUCCCGCCGACAGACGCGAUGGGCUUAGGAUGAGAUAGAAUCCCCGAUGAUGGUGCAGCACAUGAUGGAACUAUCUAAGUCAGCGAAAUUGGCAAGCUGAGUUCCUUACCAACCAGGCAAGCGUCGGUUGGAGACGUGGUCGGUCAAUGGAGCUCAGACCAUCGAUCGAAUACUUUCGAUCGCACGGUUUUUUUGCGCACCGUUCUUGGUAAAAGCAUCAUAUACUUACAGUCUGAUCUUUAGACCGAUCUAUCGCUGUUUUCAGGGACUCCGACCAAGUCGAACGAAGGCCACGCGCGCUUUGUUGAUCUGAUGGUCAAUUUCAUCUUGCCCAUUUGGUGAAGAAUAUGGCCCGAGGUGUCAGAAGUUGCCCACUGUCACUAUCUGUCGUUGCCCUUAUCUUGAAGAAGUCGAUUUUGAGGUCAACUUCGGCGGUAUUUGUGUCUAUUUGGCAUACAGUUCACGACAUUUUUGCUAGUGAGCUUGCCAACAUCGCAACAUCAUUAGCGUAGUUCCCAUUCGUAAUGCAGGACGGUGACUUACUAUAAUGUCAGGGUGGUCUGCCAGCGCGCACUGAACAACCCAAUCUAUAGCGUAAUUAGAUAGAAUUCGUGAGAAAACACAGCCCUGACGCAUACCCGAGCUAACCUCGAAGAUGCUCACAUGAACUUCGUUUUUGUUCUGUGUAGGCUUGAAUCGGUCAAAGUAACCUUGGUGGUAUGCUGUUACAAAACAGGAUCAACCACGGGGAAUUAUUAUGGGUAGAUUCAACUUCAUAAGCAGGACCCACGAAAUAGACGAGAGUGGGCUGUUGGUAGCAGUAAUAGCUUUCGAGGACCCGACAAGCGAAGAUGCCGAUUAGAAGAUACCUGUCUCGGCCGAAAGCCGGACUGAAACUAGUCCACGCGUUGUGCUAAAAACGGAGGUGAUUGAAGAGGAUGACUAUGAAAAUCCUUAGCAGUGUUAAGGAGACUAAUGUCCCAGUAGCCAUUGCGCAGCGACCCAUCACUUGUCCUCCAUACCUGCGUAAUUGCGUCACUCCAGUCUGUGGAUACGGUCCGAUCGGUCGUUUCUGUCCAGCAGUUUUCUACCGGAAGAUAGUCCUCGACGGCUGCUUUACUAUUCUUCGGCUUCGUUAUUAUCCCAAAGGUUCUUCCACAGAUGGUUGAUCGCAGUGGCAGUCGUACUCCGGUGCUGAGGGGUCUCCAGGCUGGGUCGCGGCUGUUAGAGCCAAACCUGAGGGAUUCAGAAGUUCGGCAGAAUGCUCCGUCCACCGAAGGUUUGUAUCACUCAGUGACCCUAUCUGCCUUGAUUGUCUCGGAAACUUGGGGCAGACGACUUACGGGAUUGGCUCUUUGCAGGUCUUGGGCCAGUCGGAUUGUUUCGCCAGGCGCGCAAUCCUUGUGACGACGUCCACCUUAAUGUAUCACCUUCUUAGAGGCUCUUUCGAGAAUUUGCCUCAGUUCGAGUCACUUGGUUUCCACUGAAGACACCCCAGAGGCGGCAGUCAAUGCAGCAAAGCACUUGGAUGUGGGUAAACGAAAGCUGUGGCAGUGACAGAAUCUUCAAAUUCCUCCACGUGGUACUUCUUUACAGAUCGUUCAUUUUUUCAGUACAUGGUCGUAUUCGAACCCUCACGAAAACUUAGGGAGAGCCAUUCUUGCUACCGGUGUCUAUCACUAAGCUGACCAAAUGUGCUAGGACAAGCAUAUUGUCUAUUUGACUUUGAUUGUGACUACCAUCAAACUAUUAUAUUGCCAAACGCCUUUUUGAGUGUGGGUACCCGUAGCAACUAACCAGUUCAGUGCAGCGAAAUAGACAGGCGUAUCCACUUCGCAACGACAAGGACGCGCUUGCUUAUCGUCUGGAGUUCGUCAUACAAGGUAUCUUUCUGCAUGUCAUCGUCUGGUGUUGGAACGUACGUCGCAGUCACUUUGACGCUGGCAACAUCGCCACGAAGACGCACGAGUUCAGUCUUUGGUGCCACUGGUUCGCAGUGUAUAAAUGAAGCUCUGGCCUUAUCACUCAGAUCGAUUGGGGCACCAUGUAGACCUCAGGUGUCGGUGACAUCGCCGUGGGGAUGUAGAAACAUUUAUCCCCACCUAGCACCUUAGUGCUGAGCGAGUCAAUGUCUAGUAAGCGCGUCUAGCCGACGCUCGCAUCGUAAGGCCCUGUUUUGCCGGUGUAGGAAGACGUCUAUCGUUCCAGCUUAUGAUGGGCGGUUCUUUUUUUCUUUCCAAGGAGGCCAGCUUGCACGUUUACCUCGUGACUGUCAGCAUGAGAAUGUUGUUUCUAUUACAGAUUUCUGCGUUUUAGGUGACAAUUGUGAACGGGAAUACCAUCGCUACUUCUGCAACCACUUAA